AUGUCUGACGACAACGGCGGUCUUCCCGGCGACGCCCCUCCCCUCGCGGGCUCUGAGCACCUGAACAUCAAGGUCACCGACAACAACAACGAGGUCUUCUUCAAGAUCAAGCGCACAACCAAGCUGGAGAAGCUGAUGUCUGCGUUCUGCGACCGCCAGGGCAAGUCCAUGACGGCCGUGCGGUUCCUGUUUGAUGGCACGCGAGUCCAGCCAACCGACACGCCUGACCAUCUCGAGAUGGCGGACGGUGACACGCUCGAAGUUCACCAGGAGCAGGUUGGCGGCGCCGCCUUUUAG